CAGGAAAUGUCAGAGUUGUGAUUGAAGCUGAUUGGAGUGAAUUUUUUGUUUAUACUCAAGCAGAACGCAAACUUGUCAGCUACAGAAAGUUUUCCUCAAUUCAAGGAAUAUGACUUUUGUAAAUUGUUGUCGGCUUUGCCUGGAAGAUGUACCAAUCGACGAUGGAGGCACUUGUUUUUGUGUGAACGAAACUACUGUUUAUAAUCAAUUGUUACGAACUUUAAUUGAGGAGUGCUUCGGUAUUUUGAUCACCGACAACGAAACUGUAACCAAAGUAUGUAAAAAUUGCUAUGGGGAUGUACAGUAUGUCUAUAAGUUGCGGGUUCGUAUCAAGGAUACGGAUGAUGCCAUUAAACAAUAUUAUUCUCAACUGGAUACAAAACAAGAUAUCGAAUAUUUAGAGCUAAACGACAAAGAAACACAUGAUCAGCAAUCGGAUGGCAAAUAUGACAUGAACAAUAAGGAGGAAGGCUUUCCAAAGCAGGGCAUCGAAUCUAUUAUGUUUCAAGAAGAUUUCUCGACUGAAAUAAAGUAUGAAAUCGAAGCGAUGGAGGAAGACACUGGAGAUGGGAUGGAGAAUAUAUCUAUUUUACCUGAGAUGGUGAAUAAGGAAGUCGCAAAAUCACCACCAAAGACAGUGAAGUUACGACGCAAAGGAAAGGGUAAAACUAAAGUGAAAAACUCUUUUACAUGCUACAUUUGCUCAAUGGAUUUCGAUACGUUGGAAGAAUUAGAUGAUCACCUACCAUCACACGUCGGUUUCGCAUCAUUAGUCUGUAACUUUUGCCAGUUGGAAUUGACGACCGUACGUCAUUUAAACAUGCACCUCAAAGUUACCCACCAUACAAAAGGUAAAAGGAUCCCUUGCGAUGAAUGCAAACAAAUUGGAGUAGCACGAGAAUUUUCAUCCACCUACAAGUUACAAGAUCACAUCAAAAGAGUGCAUCAAGGUAUCAAAGAGAUUCCAGAGUUGAAGUACGUGUGUACUUACUGUGGGAAAAAGUUCAGCAGACCAUUCCAUUUAAAACUGCAUGAAAAUACUCACACAAAGGCAAUUAUGUUCCAGUGUAAAUACUGUUCGAAGUUUAAAACUACCUCUAGAUCUGGUUUACUAAGACAUGAACGUAUUCAUACUGCCGAAAAGCCAUUCAAAUGUGACUUGUGCGAUGCCCGCUUUGCCCAAUCUAAUUCUCUUCAAUUGCACAAAAACGGUGUUCACAGCAACGAACGUCCUUUUGCGUGCGAACUUUGUGAAGGGGACGUUCGAUUUAAAUCAAAAUACACCCUUCAAUCACAUCUGCGAAUUCAUGAGAAGUCUGGUAAAGUUCUACGAGGACCGAGAACUGAUCCAAUUGAGAGACCUGCCUCAGAACCGCAUCUCAAAUGCAAAUUUUGUCCGGCAGUGUACUACAAAGAAAGAUUUCUGUGCAGUCACAUUCUGGAUAAACAUCCAACUGAAUCUGUCCCUAUGAUCCCUUGUGAACUUUGCUCGGAGGUAAAUAAGAAAAUAUUUUUCAUCACGCAGCGUGAGAAAGAUUUGCACCUAAUUUAUCACACAAAGAUUCCUAAAACACAGAAAAAGGAACGUUCGUGCACGGAGUGUGGUGCGGUAUAUCAUACUCCAGGGGCCAUGAGAAGACAUCGUCAGUCACAUGUGGUGCACGAAUGCAAAGAGUGUGGCAAAACAUAUAAAGGAAGAGCUGGUUUACGAUUGCACUAUAUGUCGGUACACUACGAAUCAAGACCGUACAAGUGUGAUCACUGUGAGGUAUCGUACAGCCAAUUUUCUCAACUAACUUCGCAUAUGAAAAGUCAUCGAUGAAAUUGAACUGCAAGCUUUUUGAACCCAAUAGUGUUCGUAAAUAUA